AUGCCGAAGGCUUUCCUGGUGAAAAGGCACCGGGCAACCACGCUGGGGUCCCAGGACUGGGAAAAGCUCUCGGACCAGCUGCGGGGCGACGCCUACGUCCCAGGGAAAGGGCCCCAGGGGCUGGGCGACUUCCCCUGCCCUGUGUGCAGCAAGGCCUUCCCACUGCAGCGCAUGCUGACCCACCACCUGAAGUGCCACAGCUCGGUCAAGAAGCACGUCUGCCGAUACUGCGCCAAGGGCUUCAACGACACUUUUGAUCUGAAGAGACGCACACGGACCCACCCCAGCGAGGCUGGGGCUGCACAUGGGAAGCAGGUUGUUUUAAGCGGGAGGCUCUUCUGCUCAGUCCCUUCCUUCUGCUGCAUCCGCCCCUACCCCUGCCACGUCUGUGUGAAGGCCUUCACUCAGCGCUGCUCCGUAGAGUCCCACCUCCACAAGAUCCACGGGGUGCAGCAGAACUACGCCUACCGCGAGCGGCAAGCCAAGCUCUUCGGCUGCGAGGAGUGCGGCUUCACCUGGGCCGUGGGUGACGAGUACUAUGGCCACGUGCGGCGGCUCCACCCUGGCAAGUCCCUGCUGCGCAAGUACCUCUGA